AAAAUAGCGGAAUUUGAGAGGCUGCUUGUGCAGCGGAGACAGUUGCUUAGGCGACAAGCGGAUCUUACUGACUGGUUGGCGAUCGCCGAAAAGGAAGUUGACGCAAGCAUACACCAACUAUCGAACCUACAAUCGCAUGAAAGCAUCAACCAGGGGAGUUUAGAAGCUGACGCAGAAUGGAUGCAUCACAUUCGUCGCAUGCAAUGUCUCGAAUCAGAACUGGUGGAGAAGAAGAAGGAGGUGAAGGAGCUGGAGAGUAUGUAUAUUCAGGUGCCUUCGUUGAGUGAGGGCUGGUGCCAGGCGCUGUCAGACGCCACGAAUCGAUUGAGCAUGCUUGAAUUGCACAUCAAGGAGCAUGUUUGGUUCCUGAACGACAUCCAGCAGCUGCUGGAGAGCCUCAAUCAGACGAAAAGAGGUCUUGAGGAGUGGAUUUCGCGCGCCAGAACAGUGACUAAGGAGGCGCACCACAGCGGAGACCGGCCGAGUUUGGCCGAGGGAGCUGGCAUGCUGCAGCAGUCGAGGCGCCUCGUCCACCGACUGGUAGCCAUGGUGUUGAGCAGGCACCAAAAUCGAGUGCAGUCGGCACUAGCAGGGAGUGCAGAGGAGAUGCAUCAGGCAUUAGGUGGCUGCACCAGUCCCAUCGCAGCAAUAGCCCGAGGUGUAGUAAGGAGGUUUGAGGAUGCACGGAAUGCAUACGAGAGGCUAUGCCAGUCGACAAACAUGCUCAGAUCUGACGAACACACGGCCGAUUGGCACCAUUUCUACCGUCUCCUAAGACGCUUUGAAAACUUCCUACACUGCGAAAUCCCCAGCUUUCACCGCAUCUUUCCCACACGCCACUUUGACGAUACUGCCACCAAAUUGGACAUGGCAGUCUCAACACUCCAACAGCUUGAGAAUCUCGAGAAGAGGUUGAAUAUCGCCGUCAAAUUCUUUCACCGCAUCUUUCCCACACACCACUUUGACGAUACUGCCACCAAAUUGGACAUGGCAGUCUCAACACUCCAACAGCUUGAGAAUCUCGAGAGGAGGUUGAAUAUCGCCGUCAAAUUCCUCCAGCCAGACGAGAAUCCGGCAACGCCACCGCAUGCAACAGUUGACCGUCGAGAAGCGGAGAACAUUGUCGCAAAAUACGACCCGUCCAUGGUGGUUCGUGUCCGCGAGGUGUUUACUGAAAUGGACAGAAUCGCAGCUAAGACCACGAGAAGGGCUAGAAGUAGUAGUAGUAGUAGUAGUGGUGGUGGUGGUGGUGGUGGUGGUGGUGGCGGCGGUGGUGGUGGUGGUGGCGGCGGUGGUGGUGGUGGUGGUGGCGGCGGUGGUGGUGGUGGUGGUGGUGGUGGUGGGGAUUUGAAAAAGUUGCAAGAAGAAUGGCGCCUGUAUGCCUCCGAUGUUGACGCCUUCCGAACGUGGCUCCUGGAUAGACUGUCGCUCAGUGCACUCGGUGGGCGGGGGAAUGCCCUGGCGAGCGUCAGACAAGCAGGUGAACGUCUGCAAAGGCUGCGACAUACUUACCGCAAGCUCACCCAGAAUGCCCUUUCUGUUGAUCCAAUAUUGGAGAAACUUGACGAACAAUACCAGGACCUACUGUACCGCUUAAGCCGCCACGAGGGGCAU